CCGACAGCAGCCGGCGUUCGAGGCUCCGCGCGGAAGAAGCAAUGGCCAACUCCAGGGGCCGUCUGUACCUUUGGAUGUGCUUGGCUGCAGCUCUGGCAUCUUUCCUGGCGGGAUUUAUGGUGGGCUGGUUCAUUAAGCCUUUCAAAGGAACAACCACUUCAGUGCGCUAUCAUCAAAGUAUACGGUGGAAACUGGUCUCAGAAAUGAAAGCUGAAAACAUUAAAUCAUUUCUUCGCUCUUUUACAAAACUUCCUCAUCUGGCAGGAACAGAACAAAAUUUGCUGCUUGCCAAGAAAAUCCAAACUCAGUGGAAGAAAUUUGGGCUAGAUUCAGCCAAGUUGGUUCAUUAUGAUGUUCUUCUCUCUUACCCUAAUGAGACAAAUGCCAACUAUAUAUCAAUUGUGAAUGAACAUGGAAUUGAGAUUUUCAAAACAACAUACCUUGAACCUGCACCAGAUGGAUAUGAGAAUGUUACAAAUAUUGUACCGCCAUAUAAUGCUUUCUCAGCCCAAGGCACGCCAGAGGGAGAUCUUGUAUAUGUGAACUAUGCUCGUACUGAAGACUUUUUCAAACUAGAAAGAGAGAUGAACAUCAACUGCACUGGAAAGAUUGUUAUUGCAAGAUAUGGGAAAAUCUUCAGAGGAAAUAAAGUUAAAAAUGCCAUGUUAGCAGGAGCCAUCGGGAUCAUCUUGUACUCAGAUCCAGCUGACUACUUUGCCCCUGAGGUACAGCCAUAUCCCAAAGGAUGGAAUCUUCCUGGCACUGCAGCCCAGAGAGGAAAUGUGUUAAACUUGAAUGGUGCUGGUGACCCACUUACUCCAGGCUAUCCGGCUAAAGAGUAUACUUUCAGACUUAAUGUUGAAGAAGGAGUGGGAAUUCCCCAAAUACCUGUACAUCCCAUUGGAUAUAAUGAUGCAGAAAUACUAUUACGCUAUUUGGGAGGAACUGCUCCACCAGAUGAGAGCUGGAAGGGAACUCUUAACGUGGGUUACAGAAUCGGGCCUGGCUUUGUAGGCAGUGAUUCUUUCAGGAAGGUUAGAAUGCAUGUUCACAACAUCAAUAAAAUUACAAGAAUUUACAAUGUCAUUGGAACUAUCACAGGAUCUGUGGAACCUGACAGGUAUGUUAUUCUGGGAGGUCACCGGGACUCCUGGGUGUUUGGAGGUAUUGACCCAACCAGUGGGACUGCUGUUUUGCAAGAAAUUGCCCAGAGUUUUGGAAAACUGAUAACUAAAGGUUGGAGGCCUAGAAGAACUAUCAUUUUUGCCAGCUGGGAUGCAGAAGAAUUUGGACUUCUGGGUUCCACGGAAUGGGCUGAGGAAAAUGCAAAAAUACUCCAGGAGAGAAGCAUUGCUUAUAUCAACUCAGAUUCAUCUAUAGAAGGCAAUUAUACUCUAAGAGUUGACUGUACACCCCUUCUUUACCAAUUGGUGUAUAAACUGACAAAAGAGAUCUCUAGCCCUGAUGAUGGUUUUGAGAGUAAAUCUCUUUAUGAAAGCUGGUUGGAAAAAGACCCUUCACCUGAAAAUAAAGAUUUGCCCAGAAUCAAUAAGCUGGGAUCUGGAAGUGAUUUUGAAGCUUAUUUUCAGAGACUUGGAAUUGCUUCAGGCAGAGCUCGUUACACUAAGAAUAGGAAAACAGAUAAGUACAGCAACUACCCAGUAUACCACACAAUUUAUGAGACAUUUGAAUUGGUAGAGAAUUUUUAUGAUCCCACAUUUAAAAAACAGCUUUCUGUGGCUCAGUUACGAGGAUCAUUGGUUUAUGAGCUUGCAGACUCUACAAUCAUUCCUUUCAAUAUUCAAGACUAUGCAAAAGCUUUGAAAAAUUAUGCAACAAGUAUCUAUAAUUUAUCCAAGAAACAUGACCAACAAUUGAAAGAAUAUGGAGUAUCAUUUGACUCCUUAUUUUCUGCUGUGAAAAACUUCUCGGAAGCCGCUUCAGACUUUCAUAGAAGACUUACACAAGCUGAUCUCACAAAUCCCAUUGCAGUGAGAAUUAUGAAUGACCAAUUGAUGCUACUGGAAAGAGCAUUCAUUGAUCCCCUUGGUUUACCAGGGAGGCGAUUUUACAGGCACAUCAUCUUUGCUCCAAGUAGUCACAACAAAUAUGCUGGAGAAUCAUUUCCUGGGAUCUAUGAUGCUAUGUUUGACAUUGAAAAUAAAGCAGACCCUCAUUUGGCCUGGACAGAAGUAAAAAAACAUAUUUCUAUUGCAUCUUUCACAAUUCAAGCAGCAGCAGGAACUCUCAAAGAAGUAUUAUAAGAAGAUCUUAGCCAAGUGGCUAGCCAUUAAAGGUGUUGCUGAAGAUAAAAUUCAUCUUUUUAAUAACUCGUGAAGCCAGUGUUCAAAAAUCUUGCUUUACAUGUCACGUUUUGACUUUAGAUUUCUAUCUUGUUCAUCUGCAAAGAGCUUUUUGGCUCUUUAAAUAUUCAUAACUAUAUUACAAAAGUGUUGGUCUAACAAAACAAAAAGCCCCUGUUAUGUGGCAGGAAAAAAAAUAACAGAAAUUUAACUGAAAUUAAUGACAAGGAAUUUGAAUUCUCAGAAAUCGCUAGUGGGAAUGUAAAGUGGUAUAACCAUUUUAAAUGCUGGAAAACAGUUUGAUAGCUUCUUAAGUUAAAUAUGACUACAAAGUUCCAAUUGUAGGUGUCUACUCAAGAAGGAAAAAAAACCUUCUUGACCGUAUGGUAGGAACAACCCAAAUGUGCAUCAUCAGAUAAAUGAAUAAACUGUGAUAUAUCUGCAGUGGAAUAAUAAUCAGCAAUACAAAUGAAAUAACUGUUAAUAGUUGCGAUAUUACUGGCAGCUGUGAUUGAGGGAAAGAAGCCAGACACAAGUGAGUACACAGCAUAUAAAUCUAGUUAUAUAAAGAAGUGGCACAACUAUAGUAUUCUGUUGGUACUUAGAUCAGUGGUUGCCUAGACAGGUGGUCAGUAGAGGAGGAUGGCUGCAAAGAAGCUUGAGGAAACUUUUUUUUUUUUUUUUUUUGGUGUCUUAAGCUGAGUGGUGGAUACACAGGCAUAUACAUUUGUCGAACCGGCUCAUACUUAAAAUGUAUGUGUACAUUUUAUUGCAGGAAAACUAGGCCCCAGUAAAUCUGAUUACAAAAGACAAACAAUAUACAAAAGUCCAUCUAAAAAACUGGAAUAGCACACUUUUAGAAAAUGAUGUAGUAUAAAUGCUCAGAAGAAAAAAUCAAUUGGGACAGGCAUAUUGCUUAGUUUGAUGUAGUAUAAAUGCUCAGAAGAAAAAAUCAAUUGGGACAGGCAUAUUGCUUAGUUUUAAGAUGUCAUUUAAGAUGUCUGUAAUCUUCUAUCACAGUGCCUGGGCUUGAGCUUCUGCUAUUUUUUUUUUUUUUUUACAGGUAGAGCUACAGACAGUGAGGGAGACAGAGAGAAAGGUCUUCUUUCCGUUGGUUCAGCCCCCAAGUGGCUGCCAAGGCCAGCGCUGUGCCAAUCCGAAGCCAGAAACCAGGCACCUCCUCCUGGUCUCCCAUGCAGGUGCAGGGGCUCAAGCACCUGGGCCAUCUUCCACUGCCCUCCCGGGCCACAGCAGAGAGCUGGACUGGAAGAGGAGCAAGCGGGACUAGAACCCGGCACCCAAAUGGGAUGCCAGCGCCGCAGAGGUGGAUUAACCAAGUGAGCCACGGUGCCUGCCGCUAGGUUCUGCUAUUGAUUCCAGCUUUCUGCUGAUGCAAAUCCUGGGAAAUAGUAGGGGACGGCUCAAGUAGUUGGGGUCCUGCUACCCAUGAAGCUCCUGGUUUCAACCUGGCCCAGCUCUGGCUGUUGUAAGCAUUUGGGGAGUGAACCCGCAGACAGCUUUCUCUUUCUCUGUCUUCCAUGAUUUAAAAAAAAAAAAAAAAAAAAACCAGGAAAUAAAAAUGUUUUAAAGAGUAGCAAUUAGCUGAGGAACAAAAAUUUCCAACACAUCUCAAUACUACUAGAAGAUACUUUACUGAUUUUCCAAAAUAAAAUAUACAGUAUGCACAAUAAUGACCUUGAGUCAUCUAGAUACAUUUUAAACACAGGAGUGGGUACUAGUAGUAGUAAGAUGCUACUUAGGACACCAACAUUCCAUAUUGAAGUACCUGGGUUUUAAGUUCUGGCUUCCAGCUUCCGCAAAUGGGCACCCUAUGGGGGAGGUGAUGGCUCAAGUAGUUGGGUCUCUGUCACCUACAUGGGAGACCUGGCUGACUUUUAGACUCCUGACUUUUGCCUGCUCCAGAUCUGGCUAUUGUAGGCUUUUGUGAAGUGAACCAGCACAUGAGAUCUCUCUCUCUCAAAAAUGAGUUCUUCUUUUGCUUAAAGAGAAGAGUAUUCUUAAUUUGUAUUCUAUUUAUUAAGUAUAAAUGAAUGUAUGACAUGUAUAAAAUUAGACUAUGAAAAUAAUUUUUCUCAAUUCUUUUUUUAAAAGAUUUGAAAGUCAGAAUCACAGACAGGCAGAGAGAGAGUCUGUCUUCCAUCUGAUGGUUCACUCCCCAAAUGGCCACAAUGGCCAGAACUGUGCCAAUCCGAAGCCAGGAACCAGGAGCUUCUUCUGAGUCUCCCACAGGGGUGAAGUGACCCAAGAAUUUGGACCAUCUUCUACUCUUUUCCCAGACUGUAGGAGAGCUGGAUCGGAAGUAGAGCAGCUGAGACUCGAACUGGCGCCCAUAUGGGAUGCCGGCACUGCAGGCAGUGGCUUCACACACUACACCACAGUGACAGUUCCUGUUUUCUCAAUUCUAAGGAUUUAAUUUUGGUGCCAUAGUAUACUUGCAAAAGCACUUCAUUUGAGAGCAUAUACUUAAAAGUAACCGUUACCAUUUGCUAUGACCUGAGGCAAACAGUGCAACUUUCCUUUGCCUCAGAAAACAGGUAACAAUAUACAGCACAACCAUGGAAUUUCUGAAGAGUAAUUAAAGCCAUCAUGAAGCACUAGGGAAAGUGCUUGUCAUAUUUUAAUUGUGCCUCAAAAUUUGUUAUUACUGUCUACAACUUCAAACUAUUUCUUACAAAUAAUGCCUCCUAAAUUCCCAAACCUCAAUCACAAACAGGAUUUUUUGGAAUGUCCUCUUAAUAAGUGUAUUGUAAAAGUCCUGUGAUUACACACUUUUCCUGAAAGUUUCAAAUUACUGCCUAAAAAAAUUGGACUAGAAUUCCACCUAAGUAUCUUAUAAUUCGGAUUUUAUUAUCCUGUCAUUUGCUUCAGUCUCCCUAACCCCCUUAAAUUUGUUUCCCUAUGCAGUCUUUUCCAGUUAUAAUUUAGGUGGUGUAUUGGGAGGACCUGAAGGGAUCUUUAAGGUAUCAAAAACAGUCCAGGUUGGCCUCUAAUAUAAAGUAGGCAGUCUGGGAUCAAUCUUUUUAUGGGUCUUACCUUACUUGAGCCAUCAGCUUGUCUCCCAAGGUACAUGGUAACAAAAAACAAGAAUCGGGAUUGGGAUAGGAGCUCUGACCGAAACCUAGGCACUCCAAAAUGGAUGCAAGUGUCCCAAUGCAAACUCCACCCAUGUAAUCUUGUAAGGUUAUUCAUAAAAUUGUAAUUGCAACAAUCUCAAUUAUGAUCAGUCUAAAGAAUUGAAAUUUAAGUUGACAACUUUCACACUUCAUCUACCUUAAAAUACAGCAUGUCUGCCUAAAGUGUUUUAUCAUUGAUAUUCUAAGAAUUAAAAUUGAAGUCUGUGUCACACCCACACAGGUGUCCUUUCCCAUUCUUCUAAAGAAUAAUUUUUCUUUCAUACUUAAGAUCCAUUAUAGAUGAUUUUGGUGGCACACUGUGAAUGUUUACUAUGUGUGCCCAAAUAAUCUUUUAUUAUAUUUAUUCAUUUCCAAGCCUGUGUAUUCCUACUGUAGCAUACUCAAAGGCAGGGCUUCUCAUUGUUUUUUAAUUAAGUCAAUAUGCCCUCAAAGAAGUUCAGAAUGAUUGCAUCCUCCAAGUUAGCGAAGCGAUGUAUUAGAUGCAUCACAUGGCCUGUCUACUUAUGACUUCCAAAUCCUAAGAGCCAGGCAAAACCUCAGUGAAAGCUUCUGAUCUUACCAAUAGCCUUGGAAGACUUCAAGCGGAUGUAAUUGUAAUGUGUUGGACUCAGCAGUUUCUAGAGAAAAACAUGGUCUCUGAAACCUUUGUCUAAAUUCCCUACUUUUGUUUAGACUCUCCCUCUAUUCCAAAACAUGGGAGUUAUCCAAGAUUUUACUCUUCAGUUCAUAAUUCCUUUCAUUUCAAGAUCCAAGGUUUCUGAAUUUAAUCUCCUCUACCUACUGCUUCUGCUAUAUUUCAUCCUAACUGGUCUUGUUACACACCUCCAAUUGUUUCUUUCCUUCAAACUGAUCUUUCUAAAAUAAAAUGCAAGCUCUAUUACAAAUACAUGAAAGAGGUGUGUGGGGGAGGUGCUUAACUAUGUCUGUAGGAGUUUAGAAAUUAUUUUUAAGAAUGUUAAAAAAUUAUGUAAUGAGAUCCCUCAAAAAUUUGUGGAAAAUGAAUGAAAAUGCUAUACAUGGAUUUCCCCCCAAAUUUUUUUGCAUCAAAAUAAACUUCUAAUUCCUUUU